AUGCAUUUCCGAAUGAUAGGGCGCCUCUUGGCAACCCUCCUAUCAUUCCACAGUUCAGUGAAAGCUUCUAAACAUCCCAACACGAUCCUCCCUCGUCAUUCCCAUCCGCGGGUUGAAUACUACAAUGGUGUCCCUAAAAUUAAGCACUCGGCGAGACGUAGAGAUCUUACAAAGAGCGGGUAUCGACCAAUAUCGCUAAGUUCUCACGGGUCUCCUCAUGACGCCCGUUACUCUGCAAUCUGGGUUUUUGAGCCAAUUGGCCCAGACUUCCAGGUGAUCCAUGAUGUACCCAAGGAGGUCUUUGAUUCAUGGGUCGAAAGGCUACGAAACAGAAGUUAUGUGCUUACCCAUGUUACCGCUACUGGUCCUGAAGAGGAAGCUAUCUUUGCUGGCGUUAUGGAAUAUGACAGAAACAACACCGUCUGGACACUUGAUUGUGGUAUCAAGGAUUGGGUACCGUUCCUCUAG